AUGAAAUCCGUCAUGGUACAGGGGGCUCCUGACACGGUUCGGGUUCUUCCACAGCUCGGCCGAACAAACGGACUUUUCGAGCCAACAACUGUCCGCAGUUUCAAUUUUGAAAGCGCUGGUGUACAAACCAAAAUAUCGAGAACAUUGAUAGAGAGGCUGGAUGGCCGAAGCGUUCUACACAAAAUGGCUAUCAAGCUUUUGCGCGGAAGCUCUGGUUUGGCAGAAAUUCUAUUGCCAAUUUCGGAUCCAAAUCCAGAUGCUCCAAGAGUGUUUGUAGUGGAUACGGAGUUUUAUCAGCCGGAGAUGGGUUUGACACAGGAGAAAACAUCGGCAGCCAAGCACAUCCACCAAGUCCGCACUGCCACUGAGACGGUACAACAACUUAAAUACUGGCACCUCUGGCCAGAUGAUAAAGUCGUAGAAUCCAGUCUUUAUCCCCAAAAUCUUUUUGAUGUAAGAAGUUUACAUCGGCUUCUUGAGCAAAGCGGCUAA